AUGUCAGCGCCAUCCUCCGCGCCUUCCGCCCCGGCGGAGAGCGCCGCGACGGAAAACGAUUGUCUGUCCCCGGAUGCAGGGCUGAGGCCGCCCGGUCCGACGCCCAGCCAGAGCCGAUUCCAGGUGGACCUUGUGGCUGAGGCAGCGGGCGCCCCCGAAGACAAGUCCCCGAACUCCGACACCUCCACUACUGUUCUAUCCAGCGAUAAGGCCUCUUCCGCCGCUCCUCCAGAUGGUCCGGGUGCUGAUCCAGGGGUCGUCGGAGAGGAAGCCAAAGGCCGGUUUCGGGUGGUGAACUUUGCGGAUCCGAGCGGAGCGGGGAGCCCGGCCUCUCCGGAGGCAGCGCCUGCCGAGGGGCUGCAGAAUGGGGACACUGUGAUGAGCGAGACCAGUUUGCAUUCAUCUACAGGGGGCCAGCAUCACUAUCAUUAUGACACCCACACCAAUACUUAUUACCUGAGGACUUUUGGCCAUAACACCAUCGAUGCUGUGCCCAACAUCGAUUUCUACCGGCAGACAGCUGCCCCGCUGGGGGAGAAGCUCAUCAGACCCACCCUGUCGGAGCUGCAUGACGAGCUGGACAAGGAGCCGUUUGAGGAUGGAUUUGCCAACGGAGACGAGCUGACCCCGGCUGAGGAGGCUGCUGCCAAAGAAGCAGCCGAUUCCAAAGGAGUGGUCAAAUUCGGCUGGAUUAAGGGGGUGCUGGUCCGCUGCAUGUUGAACAUAUGGGGUGUGAUGCUCUUCAUCCGCAUGUCAUGGAUCGUGGGGCAGGCUGGAAUAGCGCUCUCCUGUUUGAUUGUUCUGAUGGCUACCAUAGUGACAACCAUCACCGGCCUCUCCACCUCUGCCAUCGCCACCAAUGGAUUUGUACGAGGAGGUGGAGCAUAUUACUUGAUUUCGAGGAGUCUGGGCCCAGAGUUUGGAGGCUCUAUUGGUCUGAUUUUUGCCUUCGCCAAUGCAGUCGCUGUAGCCAUGUAUGUGGUGGGCUUUGCUGAGACUGUUGCUGAACUUCUUGCCGGUGCAGAUGCCGUCAUGACAGAUGAAAUGAACGAUAUCCGAAUCAUCGGCACCAUCACAGUAAUCCUUCUCCUGGGCAUCUCUGUGGCAGGAAUGGAAUGGGAGGCCAAGGCCCAGAUUUUCUUGCUUGUUGUCCUUGUCACAGCUAUCAUCAACUACUUCAUUGGAACCUUCAUUCCUGUCAAGUCCAAGGAACCUGAGGGCUUCUUUGGCUAUGAUGGAUCCAUCAUGUGGGAAAACAUGGGUCCAGACUUCCGAGACAGUGAGACGUUCUUCUCCGUCUUCGCCAUCUUCUUCCCUGCAGCCACUGGUAUUCUGGCUGGAGCCAACAUUUCAGGAGACCUUGCUGACCCACAGCUGGCCAUUCCCAGAGGAACCCUUUUGGCCAUAUUGAUCACAGGAAUAGUCUACCUAGGUGUUGCUGUUUCAACAGGUUCCUGUAUUGUGAGAGACGCCAGUGGAAAUGUGAAUGACACUCUCAGUUCUCAGUUCAUGAUGAACUGCACUGAUGCUGCCUGCAAAUUUGGCUAUGACUUCUCUAACUGUAAGAGUGAAAAAGUGUGCAGCUAUGGACUCCACAAUAACUUCCAGGUGAUGAGCCAGGUUUCUGGUUUUGGGCCAAUCAUCACUGCAGGAAUAUUUUCUGCCACUCUGUCCUCAGCUCUGGCCUCUUUAGUCAGUGCACCUAAAGUUUUUCAGGCUUUAUGUAAGGAUAACAUCUACCCCGGCCUGAGCAUGUUUGCCAAAGGCUAUGGCAAGAACAACGAGCCCCUCCGAGGCUACAUCCUGACCUUCGGUAUUGCUCUGGCCUUCAUCCUCAUCGCCGAGUUGAACGUAAUUGCCCCCAUCAUCUCCAACUUUUUCUUGGCUUCCUAUGCCUUGAUCAACUUUUCUGUGUUCCACGCCUCACUGGCUAACUCACCAGGGUGGCGUCCCAGCUUCAAAUACUACAACAUGUGGGUUUCUCUUGCCGGAGCGAUACUGUGCUGUGUGGUGAUGUUUGUCAUCAACUGGUGGGCUGCUCUCCUGACAAACGUCAUUGUUCUGGGUCUUUUUAUCUACGUCAGCUAUAAGAAGCCAGAUGUGAACUGGGGUUCAUCGACCCAGGCUUUGACCUACCACCAGGCCCUGACCCACACUCUGCACCUCAGCGGAGUGGAGGACCAUAUCAAGAACUUCAGACCUCAGUGUUUGGUGAUGACGGGUUACCCCAACUCUCGUCCAGCUCUCCUAGACCUGGUCCACAGCUUCACCAAGAACGUAGGCCUAAUGAUCUGCGGUCAUGUUCGCACGGGCUGCAGAAGGCCAAACUUCAAAGAUCUGGCCACAGACCAGGCCCGGUACCAGCGCUGGCUGCUGAAGAACGAGACCAAGGCCUUCUAUACACCAGUGUUUGCUGAGGACAUAAGGCAGGGCACACAGUACCUGCUCCAGGCUGCUGGUUUGGGUCGUCUCAAGCCAAACACCCUGGUGCUCGGCUUCAAGAACGACUGGAGGGAUGGCGACAUGAUGAAUGUGGAGACUUACAUCAGUAUGAUCCACGAUGCAUUUGACUUCCAGUUUGGUGCUGUUAUUCUGCGACUGAAAGAGGGGCUGGACGUGUCCCAUAUCCAAGGACAAGAUGACUUGCUGUCCUCCCAGGAGAAGUCCUCAGGGAUGAAAGAUGUGAUCGUGUCCAUAGACACGAGCAAAGACUCUGAUGCCGAUUCAUCCAAGCCAUCCUCCAAGGCCACCAGCCUCCAGAACAGUCCGGCUAUACAGAAAGAUGACGAUGAUGAUGGCAAAGCUCCAACUCAGCCCCUGUUGAAAAAAGACAAGAAGAGCCCGACUGUACCACUGAAUGUGUCUGACCAGAGGCUGCUAGAGGCCAGCCAGCAGUUCCAGAAGAAACAAGGGAAGGGCACAGUGGAUGUCUGGUGGCUGUUUGAUGAUGGAGGUCUGACCCUGCUGAUCCCCUACCUACUGACCAACAAGAAGAGGUGGAAGGACUGCAAGAUCCGUGUUUUCAUUGGAGGAAAGAUCAACAGGAUUGAUCAUGACCGCCGAGCGAUGGCCACUCUGCUCAGCAAGUUCAGAAUAGACUUCUCGGACAUCACCGUGCUGGGAGACAUAAACACCAAGCCCAAGAAGGAGCACGUGUCUGCCUUUGAGGAGCUGAUCGAGCCGUAUCGGCUGAAGGAAGACGACAUGGAGCAGGAGGCUGCGGAGAGGCUGAAGAACAGCGAGCCCUGGAGGAUCACAGACAAUGAGCUGGAGCUGUACCGCGCCAAGACUAAUCGUCAGAUCAGACUCAACGAGUUGCUGAAGGAGCACUCGAGCACAGCCAACCUCAUCGUCAUGAGUCUGCCGCUGGCCAGGAAGGGCGCGGUGUCCAGUGCUCUGUACAUGGCCUGGCUGGAGGCAUUGUCCAAGGACCUGCCGCCCAUCCUCCUGGUGCGCGGCAACCACCAGAGUGUCCUCACCUUCUACUCUUAAAUACACACAUGGAGUUUUUAAGUCUCACAUCCACUUCUGCCUCUGAGAGCAGGCGCACUUACACAAACCAGUUCUAGUCCAAACCUACAGGUGCACCACAUACACGGGAAGCCGGUCUGAAAUUCAGCCACUGAUAGAAACAAUGCUAGUGAUGUGAAUAAAGAUAAAGCAAGUGAUAUUGGUUGAGAUGUGUAAAAUCCUCGAAGUGAUGGAGGAACGUCAAGGUGGAGGUGGUUGUAAGGUUGUCCACUCUGCUCCGUUAUUUCUAUUUAGUCCAAGAUGUCUAGCUUUUUCUCUUGUAGCUCUAGUUUCCUCUAAAUUCCUCAUGAAGAGUUCAUUUAUGUCAAAGUUGAUUUCUCUCAGGCUCCAAAGCAGUUGUGCACAAUGUUCACGUUGUUCUCAUGACAUGGAAUAUCUUGAUGUCAAAGUUGUGAAGUGAAUUGGAGCAGUUGUGUUUGUGAUGCAGCAAUAAUCACCCUGUUGUUUUCCUUAAAUAUUGGGAGAGAACCAUGCAGAACGCUUUGCAACACCUUCUGAAGCCUUAUGGAUGUGCCUUCCAGUUAAAUCAGAUGAAAAACUAUAAUCUCUAUCCAGAUUGACAAUAUUACCUAUUAUAUUGGUGGCUAAUAGUUAGUUUUACUAGGUUUUAAAUAUGAUUCCUUCUUAGUUGGAGCAUUGUAUUUAUGCAAGUGGAUUGCAUUAAUCUAAUGAAGUGUGUCCACUUGAUCUCUCUCUCUCUCUCUCUCUCUCUCUCUCUCUCUCUCUCUCUCUCUCUCUCUCUCUCUCUCUCUCUCUCUCUCUCUCUCUCUCUCUCUCUCUCUCUCUCUCUCUCUCUCUCUCUCUCUCUCUCUCUCUCUCUCAAAUCAACUGUUUGUUUUUAUUUUUUAUUCACUUUUGAGUCUUCCUUAUUAAAGCUGUUGAAUAUUUACGAUAGCCUCAGCUAUUCGACACAAGACACAAUUUAUCUUUUAGGCUCAGUUCCUAAAAAUGUUACUAUGGGUCUUAAAUUUAAGAUCUUGUUUGUUAGAAAAGAUGUGAACCUAGUUUUUCCAUGAAAAGUCUCCCUCAUGUAGCUGCUGAUCGACAAAAGUUUUGUGUUUCUCUGUCCACAUGUACGGUUCUUCGCCUGUAAAAAAAACUGCUCUACCCAACAAGCUAGAUAAAACCUUGCCUUAAUGCUAGAACUAAUGAUUGUCACGAGUUCCAUUUCUCUUAUAAGCCAUACUGGCUGGACGGUUUAUGGGUAAAUGCAGAUAGCGGUCAUAAGAUAGGGAUUGUGUUUCAGCACAGUUGUCUUCUGUACUGUACAUGCAUCUUAAUUUGCUUCCCAUAGUUACCUGUGUUUGUCUGUUACAUUGCUUGCUGUAGGCCCGUGUAUUACUGGUGAAGUGGUCAUUCAAUAGAUACAACAUAUUCCACUUUGCGCCACAGUACACAGUGUUUUAUGCUUAUGCACGCAUGUCUAGCUGCUUGUUUGUCUGGGUUUAUAAUGAACUGCUGGUCUCCCAUUCCCACAAAACGGUCAGAGGGAAUGAAUGACAUGCAAGCUUCACACUGGAAGACUUGCUGGCAGGAGGAAUGUGACAUUAGAUUGUAUCAUGGCUGAGUGAAGAUAUACCUCUAUGCAUAUGAGCUUGUGUUGCGUACUUGUAAUAAAAGUCCAUCGCUUCUUCAUGUGAACAGAUCUGCUCGCCUCAGUUCAUUUAAGGGGCACUUCUCCUUCCUUAACACUAAUUCUUUCCUUUAAGAACACUGGCUUAUAGUCUUUUUAAGGGUACCAUGGCUCCAAGAAAAGAAGUUUUAAAUACUGAUGUUCAAUCGGUCAAAUGUCAUAGAAAAUGUUGACUUGGCCAGAGGGUGUAGAUUAAUUUCAGAUAAUGAAACCGCAGUCCUAAAUGAAAGCUGGUUUCUUACUCACAGCUGCUACCUUUCUGGAGUUCUGAAGUUACAUUUAUUCUAAAGGUGUGUUCAGACUGAAUGCAAAGUUACAUUUAGAAACUUGCCAUUACACUUCCUUUUUUCACACUUCUCCUGUCUGUGAACUUUUCCUGUACAUAUUACAAUUAGCAUAUUGCAGUGGACUGUGUUUCAUCUUCAUGAUGCUGGUAGCAUUCAUGCAGCUGCAUCCCAUCACCCAUCACUCUGUGCUUCACCUGUAGAAUGUGGAGGCCAAGACUUUGAUAUACAUAUAUGUAUUUGUGUGAUGCGGGGAGAGGUGGUUAUGAGUGUAUAAAUGCAUUCGGUACAUACACAUGAACUAUAUUCACACGAAUGCUCAUCAGUGUAGUACAUACUGUAUGAACUUUCCAAGUAUGUGAAAAGCAUGUACUGGUUAAGGAACUGUAAACCCUUUUUAAAACUUUGAAGGCACAGUCAAAGGCAAUUCCUGGUAAGUUAUAGCACACAAUAGAGCCCCCAAAAUGCCAAAACAUCUUCCCAGCGCACCGUUAGUGUUAGUAGGGGUCUUUUGGUCUGGUCGGACCUGUGGAAAACCUUCCCAAACAUAUAUUUUCAAAAUAAGAGACCCUGUCCAAACUAGACCGGAAGAUAUUUAAAGCCAAUCAAAAAUGUGGUUGACACAAACAAAUUCUGAGCUGAUCCUCAGAUCCAUUUAGUUGUUAGACAUCUUGACAAAUAGUCAAAGACCCUGCUUGAUCCAAUAGACUGAAUUUAGCUUUGACCUCAGUUUUGAGUAACCAAGAGGACCCUUAAAUGUGUGUACUGUGUAAACAUGACCAAACUGAGUGUACUUGACCAAGGCUAUGGAUAUAUCUAUUUUAUCAGCCAUUUAUCAUCAUUCUUGCAGGUCACCCCACUUUAUGAAAGUGCAUCACUGCACCUCUGUUAGAUUGAUGCCUGUCAGUGCAAGUAUUGCAUCAUUUCCUGUUAGUACAAAUUGGUAAAGCACAUUGAUUUGUUUUGUAGUAACUGCUGAAACAAUAUACUAUUACAGUUUGUAUAUAGCACAUACUGUACUUUUUGUCAAAAGUGUUUGUAGUAUGCAUUUGGGACAGCACAGGUUUAAAAAUAUUGGUGAGCUUGAAGGGGAUUCUGAUAUUUGGGAGCACUAUUGUUCACUAUAACAAAAUCUCUGAACUGCGUUGAUUGUUCUGCUGUGAAGCACACACACUCUUACUGUUACAGAGCAUAACCAUUUCCAAUAAGAACACGGGUUACUCUAUAUUUGUAUAUUAAAAAAACUAUAUAUGUAUGCCUAUAUAUAUACACACAUAAAUGUAUCAAUCUGACCUGGAGGGGAUCUGUGUCUUUGAUGUGUCACAUGAAAUGUAACAAAAAGACCUCCUGUCAACAUUUUACAACCAAAUAAUAGUGUUUGUGUGUGUGUGUGUGUUGUUUUCUUCAUUUAUAUCCUGAUAGAUAGAUAGAUAGAUAGUUUCUAAAGCCUGUUAAACAAUACUAUGUUCUACUGAAGAAACCAAAUGUUACCCGUACUCAUGUCAGUAACUGUUAUCAUUUUACAUCUCCUAAUCCUUUAAUGUAUUUUUUAAAAAUUCUUGCCAAAGCCCCUCUUUUCCUGCCCCUAUCUGUUACGUCUCAAGCCAUCAUGAUGGAUGACAGUGUAAAGAAAUCAUAAACUGGUCUUUAUAUCUCAUCAUGGUCGACCUCUUGUCCACACUGCAAGCAUAAACUAACCUGGAAAGAAACGUCAUAGUCUAAUGAAAUUAAUUAACGGAGGGGAACGAUUAUGUUGCAUUUCAAUGUGGAGAAAGAUAUUUAUUUUAGUUUUAGAAUUUUUCUGAAAUUUCCAUUUUUGGGGGGGGGUGUUAGUGUUUUGUCUUUAAUAUUUUGCUUUAGGUUGUUAAAUAGCAUGUUUUUUUAUUUUGUUGCCUUUUGAUUUUAGCUAAUUGUCUUUUUCUCCUUUGAGUCUGUAAUUCUGUUUAAUACCUUUUGAUGAAAAGACACCACGACAAAAGCAGAUCAAACCCAUUGUCUCCUGUUUUCAGACAAACAUGGAUGGAAUCGACCCAGCUGGUUGAAGUAAUGUUUUGAUACACUGUACUGUUAACAGUCACAGAUAUGCGUUUUCUAACAUUUUAACAUGUAUGAUUACCAAUACUUUGUACAUCUUUUAUUGCAAUAAAUAAAUCUGAUGAAAUGCG